UCCGCGUUUUGCGCUUGCUCCACGCCGUUCGCAUUCGCCGACGCCGCCGCUGCCGAACGCACAGCGGUCCCCCACCCGAGUAGUAGUGUAACCGCUGGCCGUCUCCGGUUUAUUAUUUGUUGUAAUAACUACCAGUCCGAUUAGUCUCGUUGGGACACUGAAUAAUUACAAUACAGGACGUAUUCGGUCGGUCUUCUAAUAUAGUUUAUUCGUAUACUACCGGUAUUAAUCGACAUAUUAUUAUUUACAACGUCACGAGCCGAUCGAGACUCGUGAGUUUGCGUGUACGGGAGUGCGUACGCGAAUUUCGUCCUACGACUUGCGUUUACAUCCCAACCGGAGGAUUUCAUCCUGUCCAGAACCUCGUCGAACAACGCGUCCUGUUAGUGCUUGUGCGUGAAAGGCCCGCAUUCAAGGGACGGCGACGACGAUGAUGCGUUACGCACACGGUACUGGACGGUGUCGAUGACCGGCGGCACACCCCGUGGUGGUCCGGCAUCGUUGCGAUCGACGGUCGGUAGCGGUGCAGUGUCGUCCAUCCCCCGGCACGUAUAAUAGCCGCGCGCGUAAAGAUUUCAGCCCUAGCAAAGGUCGGUCGCAAGAUGGGCUGCGCCAUGUCCGCAGAGGAGCGGGCCGCCCUGGCCCGGAGCAGGCAGAUCGAGAGGAACCUCAGGGAAGACGGCCUACAGGCGGCCAAAGACAUAAAACUGCUGUUGUUAGGUGCUGGAGAAUCAGGGAAAAGUACAAUAGUGAAACAGAUGAAAAUUAUUCACGAAAGUGGGUUCACGUCAGAAGACUUCAAACAAUACAGGCCCGUCGUGUUCAGCAAUACCGUGCAGUCGCUAGUCGCCAUAUUAAGAGCUAUGCCAAAUCUAGGGAUCGGUUUCGGCUACAUCGAACGAGAGACUGAUGCGAAAAUGGUAUUGGACGUAAUACAAAGGAUGGAAGAUACCGAGCCUUUCUCGGAAGAACUUCUAUAUGCCAUGAAAAGGUUGUGGGCCGAUCCGGGCGUCCAAAUGUGUUUCUCUCGAUCAAAUGAAUAUCAGCUCAACGACUCUGCGAAAUAUUUUUUGGACGAUCUGGACAGGUUAGGGUCUAAAGAUUACCAGCCCACCGAACAGGACAUACUGCGUACCAGAGUGAAAACCACCGGUAUCGUCGAAGUACAUUUUUCGUUUAAAAACCUUAACUUCAAAUUAUUCGACGUCGGCGGUCAGCGAUCGGAGCGAAAGAAAUGGAUCCAUUGCUUUGAAGAUGUCACGGCGAUCAUAUUCUGUGUGGCCAUGUCUGAAUACGAUCAAGUGCUUCACGAAGAUGAGACGACGAAUCGUAUGCAAGAGAGUCUGAAGCUGUUCGAUUCGAUCUGUAACAACAAAUGGUUCACAGACACGUCCAUCAUAUUGUUUCUAAACAAAAAAGACUUGUUCGAAGAGAAAAUCAAAAAAUCGCCGCUCACCAUAUGUUUCCCGGAAUACGGAGGGGCCCAAGAGUAUGGAGAGGCUGCGGCCUAUAUCCAGGCGCAGUUUGAGGCCAAAAACAAGUCCACUACAAAAGAGAUUUACUGCCACAUGACGUGUGCAACGGAUACGAACAAUAUACAAUUUGUGUUCGACGCUGUUACAGACGUCAUAAUUGCCAACAACCUUAGAGGAUGUGGACUGUAUUAGACUUCGUUAACCGGAAACGCACCUAUCACGGUUGACACGCUAAAGAUUUUAUGUACCUACACGAAAAUUCAAUGCACACAUUUCCAAAACAGCUUAUGCGGUAUUAAUAUGUUAUUUUAAGAAGUCGUAUCGUACAAUACAUUAUAUUAUGUUAAUGCACACAAUAUUACCUAUAAAACGAACCAUAAACGUGUUACCUAAUCUAUUUUCCAAACAUUUUUUUUUUUUGUUAUUUAAGUUUUGUACCACACUCAAUACUAGCACAAGUGAAAUCAUUUAACAAUUAGUAACUAAUCGCGAUACAAGUACAUUCAAUUGUAAACAUUUUCAAGCUGUAUAAUAUAUAAAUUAUAUUCCCCCCCCCACCCCUAUUUUAAGUUUGUAUUCCAUAAGGGAGGGACACUGUGGGUAACAAAAUGGCAACAAAUGGGAAUUGAUUCACAAUAAUGGGCAAAGUUGUACGCUAAAAACACACAGUAGUUUGGAAAAUCUUUUUAGGCGUUGUAAAAUUUUACAUUAAAACCAUUUUUUUUACGAGAGGACCAAGCGGCGGGAGUAGACUGGAAAAAAUCUGGCAAUAUUAAUUAUCUAAUUUGUUUUGAUUACAUCCCAGUAAAUGGUAGUGUACAGUCGUUGGUUUUUAAAUGUACAGAUAAGCCGGUAACUAUUUUUUUUUCGAAUUCCCAUUAUCAACAAAGGUAUCCUCGUCAUAGUUCAUAGACGGGCAGGAAUUUCGCAUAAAAUCGGUGGUCAUUCUUGUUUAUAACACAGCUUAUCUAUACACUGGAAAAGGUAUAUUUUAAAAUCAAUCGUACAGUUUGGUAAUGUGUACCGUAUCUUAAAAAUAUGUAAUUUAUGUAAUCAAAUGUUAUAAUCAAAUCCGCAUAUCGUCCGCAUAGAAAAGACACGGUUCCACUAAGAUGACAAUUUUUCAGUGCCUAUUAUUUGUUUUUAUAAAGAUCCAAAGUUAAUAAUGUAAUUCAACCGUAGCGUUAGAAUUCUCUUUAUAGAUAAAUUUUUGUUUUGUGUAAAUAUUUAAGACAAAAAUAUGAAUGCGUAGAAUAGAUUUGUUUAGCUUUUAAUCACUUUAAAUUAAACUAAAUAUAAUUAUUUACAACAAGUUUACAAUUAGUACAGUGAAUGUGAAUAAAAAGUUUUACAUAUUAUGA